ACGACCUCCUUGUGUGGCUUUUCCCGCUGACGUUAACUAUGUGUAGAGCCUCUGUGGUCAAUGCGAUCACCACUGUUCUAGCUGCAGCGUGCGUUUUGCGAUCAGCAGCAUUCGUGGAUGUCGCGCCAGCAUGUUUUUCGCCAAGCUCGCCGCUGCUUGCUCGCUCCUCCGUGAGCGGGCUCCCGCCUUCCUUAGGAAGAAGCGUUAGCAACGAUGAAGGGUACCCCGCAGGGAGCUCACGAUGGGACGGACACUCUCGACGCAGCAGCCGGCUCUUAGCUGAGACGAACGGAAUCUAUCCCGACGGCGUGCCCAACCUGCCAGGAAUAAAGACGAUAGUAGAGACCGAAGAAGAGGAGGAGCAGAGAGCCGUCCGCGAGUGGCAGGACGACGGCAGGAAAGGGAGGGUGCUGGUUAGACGAAAAGAAAUACCUUCGCCUGCGAUGGACCCAGCCUCCGUAUGCCAGCUCGUCUUCGAGUCCCUGCAGAACAACGAUGACCCGAUGUUAGACUACGGCGCGGCCGUGGCGGUGAAGUUCGCGUCUUCCAAGAGUGCCGUCAGGAACAUGACCCCCGCCGAGUAUGGGGCCUUUCUGCGGAAUGAUCCCGACCAGGUCUUGCUCGUGGACAACGCUUCUUGUGCGCCGGCCGAGCGAGCCAAGGUGUCCGCCGACGGGAAACAGGUCCUUCAGAAGGUGGAGGUGGUCGGGAGGUACCCCGACGUCGUCAGGAGAAUAGUCGAGGUGCAGCUCACCAAGGAAGAGGACGAUUGCUGGAGAGUAGAUGCCAUGACCUUCGGCCCCAAUGUUGAACAAAGAAAAUAA